CUCAAGCAACAUGGACAGAUCAUUGGUACCAAUAAUAGCUGAAACUCAUCCGGCAGGCAUAUCCACCCGACAGAUCAAACAUUAUAUCCAACUCCAUAUUUCGGGAAAAUUCAGACGCUACGACUUCCACAAAAGAAAUUGGGAGAUGUAUGGCCAGCGGGAGCCGCCGGAAUAUAACUUGCUUAACGUAAAUCCAAAAGCGGCUGUCAAUCUAUACUAUAGCAGCAACGAUGGGUUAGCUAACGAGAAAGAUGUCCUUUUAUUAGACAAGAGUUUACCAAAUAGUAAGGUUUUUCACGUCGACAAAAAAGACUUUUCUCAUACGGACUUCAUUUUUGCAAAAAACCUAAAGGAAUUGAUUCAUAAGAAAAUUCUAAGCAUCAGCAAUGAGCACGAGAAGAAGAAUAAGAAUUAAUAAUAAUCGCACGAACCAGAACUACCAAACAACGGAUGGGUAUGCAUACUCUUGCCUUUGGUAUGACCCUGGACAAAAUUUUAGAAGUCAUCCGUAUUCCAAACAAAUAGGAAAAAACUUAUUUACAUUUUAUAUUUUUUUAAAAACCUAAAGAUGUC